AUGUCUAGAAAAGGAAAUAUCCCCUCGGUCAAUGGGCUCACUCCUCACAACAGUCUUUUCCUCCUCUCUAACCAAUUUCUUUGUCCAUGACUGAGGAGAGAGGAAGAAGGUAUGGGCAUCAGCUCCGCUCUCUGGAAAGUACGGGACAAGGACAAGAGUCCUGCUGGAGAUCCCUGAGGCAAUGGAUUCAUCUCAAAUGGUUACUGGUGUUUUCCCUUUUGUUGGUUUGUGGUCUUCUCUUGCAAGUCUUCAGAAAUCUCCAGGAAUCCCAGGAAUACCUACUGAAGUCAGACUUUCCACCUCCCUUUGCCUUGAAGUUAUUGUCCCAGGAAGAACGCAGGAAACUCUUUAACUAUGAAGGACUCUGGUUGUUUCCCCAAAGUCAGUGUGAAUGUGAAAAGAAAUCAGGGAACUACAUCUUUCGGGAGUCCUACAGCAGGAGUGAACUUGAGGCAGUGGAAAUCAGAAGAAAGGCAGAAUUUGAACACUUCCAAAGGAGACAAGGACUGCCCCACCCUCCACCUGUGGUGGCCCAGCCAAAUAUCCCUUUUGGGUACCCUAUCCAUGGCGUGGAGGUGAUGCCCCUUCACACAAUUCUGAUCCCAGGCCUGAAGUUUGAUGGAACAGAAGCACCAUCAUACAAGGUCACCCUGAAGGCCUUAUUAGGGACCCUGAACACUCUUGCUGACACUCCAGACAAUGAGGUGCUGGGUAGAGGACAGAAGCAGCUGACCAUAUUGACCCCUUCCCAAAAUCGCUUGAAUUUCAUCCUGCAGCAUGUGACAUACACCAGCACUAUCUACCAGUCAGGAGCUGUGGACAUUGUGAGUAUUGAAUUUGGGAGCUCAGUGGCUAAGUUUCCUGUGAAUAUCAACCAGCCCACCAUCCCCAAGUUGUUUGACCCUGGGCCAGAGAGGAAGCUCAGGAACCUGGUGACCAUUGCUACUAAGACUUUCCUUCGUCCCCACAAACUCCAGAUUUUACUUAAGAGUAUUCGGGAGUAUUACCCAGAUGUGACUGUGAUUGUGGCUGAUGACAGUGAGAAGCCAGAAAAGAUUGAUGAUAUUUAUGUGGAGCAUUACAUCAUGCCCUUUGGAAAGGGUUGGUUUGCUGGCAGAAAUUUGGCUGUGUCUCAGGUCACCACAAAGUAUGUGCUGUGGGUGGAUGAUGACUUUCUUUUCACAAAAACAACCAAGAUUGAGGCACUGGUAGAUGUCCUAGAGAAAACAGAGCUGGAUGUGGUUGGUGGCAGUGUGUCUGGGAAUGUAUUCCAGUUUAAGCUACUGAUGGAACAAGGUGAGGAUGGGGACUGCAUACACAAGAGGUCAGGCUAUUUCCAUGCCCUGGAUGGCUUCCCCAGCUGUGUGGUGACCAGUGGUGUUAUCAAUUUCUUCUUGGCUCACACUGAGAGCCUCCAAAGAGUUGGAUUUGAUCCCCGACUACAGAGAGUGGCACACACAGAGUUUUUCAUCGAUGGGCUAGGGAGUCUUCGUGUUGGAUCAUGCUCAAAUGUGGUUGUGAAUCACCAGACUCGUGCCCAAUCUUCUGACCCAGAUAAAGCUACCCUGGAAAAAGCCUACAAGAAGUUCCGAACUAACACUCAGGAUCAGGUCAAGUUCAAGUUGUCCCUCCACUACUUCAAGAACCAUCUCCAGUGCUACACUCAGAAGUGAGGUUGUGGGUAAUGUGGAAUGGGCCAAUGAGACUCUUCCAUGUAACUUACCUCCAAUCAAUAGAAAAGAGGGUAUGGAACAGACCACUCAGUAGUGAAAUGGCUCGAGUUGGCAGCUAGAAAAAUAGACUAACUGAUUAAAAAAAAGAACCAUGGAAUGGGUGCUUAGGUAGGAAGGACAAUUAGGUUAAGAUCAAUCUUUGGUUAGGGCUGUGAGCCUACCAGUGGUCAAGGUAAUAUGGAAUAUAACAACAAUAAUAUUGACACUUACAUAGAGUUUUAAUAUUUAUGAAGUUUUUUACUCACAACAAUACUGUGAGAUAUACAAUGAAAAUAUUAUCAUACCUAUCUUAUACAUGAGAAAGAUGAGGAUCAGAUUUGCUCAAAGCCAUAGUUACCUUUCCUUUGAACCACAUCAGACUUGUUGAUAGAAUUAUUGACAUGUCAGCCAUAAUGCUAAUACUAAUAACAAUACUUCACAACAUAGAGGUUCUAAGAAUCCUUUUUUUUUAGAAAAUAUAGAAUAACUGCAACAGAAUAUUGGCGGACAUUAGCUACAUGGCCCAUAUUUGCAACAUUCCAGUAACCCAACUAUGUUGGUAUAGAGGUUGAUAUAAUAUUCAUUGAGCACAAUUUCAGACAGUAUAAUAAUUUUAUGUAGUAAAAACAGUUUUAUCAUAUUUGAAUAAUUUAUGAAGCAGUGGUUUCUUCUUGAAAGAAUAUUAGUAAUUAUAUGCGUACUUUUUUAAAAAAUCAACUGAUAGUAUCAUUGUUAUUCUUAAGAAAUUUUUCAAUGACCCCAAGUCCAGAUGUAGUUUUUAUACAAAGUCACUUUGAUUUUUCCAUGAUGCAAUUUCCAAAAUGAAGUAGCAGGAUGCUGGAUGCUCUUAGCACAAGAAGCCACACGUGAAUCUUUGUCCUUGUAUCCUGACCUAGGAGAAAGAAAUAACUCUAUGUUUUUGCUACUCUAACAAAAGAGAACUGAGGAAGGAGUUUGCUGACAAUGGGGGAUGAUCAUUGAUCGUGAUUUGGACCUGAUACAGCAAUAGUGGGAGAAAUCUCCAUCUGUCAUCUGGAUCAUCUAGAUUAGAGGUCUUAACCUUUUCCAUGUUUCAUGGACUCCUCUGGUGGUCUGGUGAAAUCUAUUGUUUUCUUUUCAGAAUAACAUUUUUAGAUGCAUAAAAGAAAACAUGCAGGAUUAUAAAGAAAACCAAUCAUAUUAAAAUACAGUUAUUUAUUUUUAAAAAAUCUCCGGACCCCCAGUUUAAGACCUCCUAUUCUAGACUUUUUAAGUACAGCUCUUGAGAGUUUUUCUCAGUUAUUCUAGAUUCAUGGGGGCAUGGGUGGUAAAAGGAUUCCUUAAUCCAGGAAGACAUGGAAUCUUUUUAAAGUUGUUUUUCCUUCUUGGUUCUAAGAUGAUCUUCUUAAAGAGUUUUUAAUUCUUAAAUUAUAUCUUUAAUUUUAAAAAACCUUAGGCAAAUAAGUGGUUGCCAUACUCUUAAAUAAAGGCUUUUCCAAAAUCUGUUAGAAAAAGCAAAAGAACUUUGCCCUUAGACCAAUAAAAAACAA